AUGGAGCCGGGCAGGGUGAAGAUGCAAAGGAGGCCUGAUUUUCAGGGCAUGGACGUGAGCCUGUCGCAAGAUCUCACUGAAGAUGAAGCGAAGACGGUGAUUUCAUCCAUAAACCAGUUCUGCGAGCAAGUCCUGCGGUACGGGAAGGACUGGCACGUGAUCGAGCGCGGGGCAGCCACCGACCCGUCGUGCGUGCUCGCCCUGGUCUUCGCCGCCGACUACGAAGUCGCCAAGGAGCGCAUGGACAAGGCCAGGGCGCACCUCGAGCGCGCGCGGAAGGUGGCCGACGCGAGCGAGGUCACCGAGCGGGAGAAGCUCUACGUCGACGCCUUCAACUCGUGGAUGGCCGGCGACCUCCCCCGCGCCUACGCCGACUUCAAACGCAUCACAGAGUUGUAUCCGAUGGAUUUGUUUGCGCUCAAGCGGGGCCAGCUGGUGGCGUUCUGUGUGGGCGAUCGGGCGGGCAUGCUCGAGAUCGCGCUCGCCAUGCGGGACACGUCGGGCGACCGGCCCUACUUCAACGGCAUGCUCUGCUUCGCCCUAGAACAGAACGGCCGCUACGACGAGGCCCUCGCCGCCGGCAAGCGCGGGGUGGAGAUUGCGGAGGACGACCCGUGGGCGCAUCACUCGGUGGCGCACGCCCUGCUCUCCCUCGACCGACCUGACGAAGGCGUCGAAUGGUUGAGCAAGUACGCGCAUUACUGGGAGGACUGCAUGUCCUUCAUGCAUACCCACAACUGGUUCCAUUUGGCCCUCUUCCACCUCUCCAAAUCGGCCCACAACGAAAUCGAGUCGAUCUACUACCCGCACAUAUUCCUCACCGACGAAGCCCAGCAGCAGAUGGAAGCGGCGAAAAAAGACGAAUCGUUCCCGGCGCACGACAACCGAAACACGCAGGACCAGCUCGGUGCCAUGGGCCUGCUGUGGAAGUGGGAGCUGAUGGGCGGCCGGGGCCUCGAGCCCAAGUGGCGGCAGCUCCUCCCCUACGACCGAAGGCACGGCCACGCGGACCCGUUCUACGACGUGCUCCUCCUGCACACUCUCCUACGCAUGGGCAAGAGAGAGGAGGCCAGGGAGAUGGUGGCGGAGAUAGAGAAGGCGACCGAGAGCCUGCCCUCGCCGCGCAAGGAGCAACUCAACCAAGUUUGGGUCCCCCUGUGCAAGGGAAUAUACGCAUACGAGACGGGACACAAGGAGGAGGGGCUGAAGCUCCUCAACGAGGCCCAUCUCGACGACCACCUCCACAUAAUCGGCGGCUCCAACGAGCAACGAGAGGUGGUACACGACUACCACCGCCACGUUGCACAACAACAGCAACAGCACCAGAAGAAGUAG